AUGAUUGUAUCAGGGCCCACCACACACCAUCUUGGUGGGCUGAGCAGCGCUAGCGAUCUGCAGAACGGUGGGCGCAAAGCCAGACGACUCAGCUCAUUAGCGGUGGUCAACCUCCACUGUCAAGGUCUAUCCAUUUCUGUUGCUUCGGAAAUGAUUAUGAGCCCAGUUUAUUAUUAUGGUAAUGAACAGUCCCUUGAGUUCGGCAGCGGCCGGAAUGGGUUGCAAAGCUACAUUUCCAGGUCCUUGCUAUCCUGCCCGGACUCCUAUCACCAGUUCGGUGCCGAGUUUAAACUGACUCGACAUUCAUGUACCAACCAAAGUUUGAACAAGAACGUGUGGCUUCAAAUUAUGAAACGCAGGCGGCUGCGUCGCACAGGAAUGUCAUGGGCGACCCUGCUGUUCAAUUUAACCUGGGCGGUGAUAAAGAAGACAUCAAGUACUGGAGUCUUAGCCGCGUUCCUGGAUUCUUGA